AUGAGAUUCCAACUAAAAACUUUCCUUUCCAGUAUUGCUCUACUAUUAGCCACCGUCAAAUCCGAUGAUGUCAAUCUUUUCACCUCCGAUGGUGUUGUCUACAGUUAUGCUGUCGUUACAAGUACAAUUGCACCUCCUAGUGUACGCGUUGAGACCCAUUAUUAUACCACAACCCGUGUGAGAGAGGUUACGCUGGAUAAUUCCGAAGUUGAAACUACAACUGAAAAAAUUAUCUCUGCCUCUGAAGUUACUUCAACCGCUCAAAGUAGUUCUACUACUUCGUCAGCGGAUGAAACUACUUCCAGCACAACCACAACAUCCACAACAUCUUUUUCUUCAUCACAGGCCACUCAAGCUUCUCAAUCGAGAUCUAUCGUGACGUUACAGCCAGAGUCAACUGCCUCAAUGACAAGCAGUACUAAUAGUGCUUCUUCCUCUACUAUUUCCACGACUUCAAGCACAUCAUCAUCUUCCACAACAGGUAACCUGGGCAGUUCGGUAACACCAUAUUCAACUGUUACAGGGACUGAUGGUAAGUGCUCAGUAUACUACGAAGAUGAUGAAUAUUACAGCACUUUCUACUUGACGGAUCCUAGUCAGUCUAUCGACGCUGCUACCACUAUCACGAGUACGAUGGUCGUCUACGAAACGUCCACUAUCCAAUAG